UGUGAUUAUUAUAACAUGGCUUUGAUAUUACACGACGGAAUGAAGUCUGUACUGUGGAUUGUCUUAGUUAUCUCCCUCGUGGUGAGUUGCUUUGGAUUGGAUUGCCCAGCGUGUGACCACAGUAAAUGUCCAAAGCUGAAAGAAUGUAAACUUGGGGAAACCACAGAUGUCUGCGGGUGCUGUGCUGUUUGCUACAAGACCGUAGGCGAAGAAUGUGGGGGCCCCUGGAACAUUUUUGGAGUCUGCGCUAAUCACCUGACUUGCAUCCGUCUUCCACGUGGCACUGAAGAUCCCAUCAAGGAGUUUAAUUCACCUGGAAAAUGUUUGGCAUUACCUUAAAUGCUAUAAAAGUGCAAAAAUAAAGUAGACU